GAUGACAUUUAAACCAAGUCCUCGUUUUCAGAGUCCCUCUGUUUCGGUAUAGAGGGAAGUCCAGGAUGAAGCGAAUGAAUCUCUGCAUAUUCAACCACUUGAAACUCAAGGUCCUUGUUUUCAGAGUCUCUCAAUUUUGGUAUAGAGGGAAGGCUAAGAUGAAGCGAAUGAAGGUGGCCUUGCAGAGAUUAUCAGAGGAGUCGUCCUUGCCUUCAUACGAUGAUAUUCAACCACUUGAAACUCAAGGGCAUUUUUUCAUUUUCCUUUUUAGUUUUGCUGGCUUCUUCAUUUACUCAACUCAUCGUCAAUCUCUGUCUCCCUGGGAUGUGCAAGCAGGGUCUUCAUGUCUAAGGUCUUCAUCACCACCUCGUGUUGAAAGCAAAGCAUGGUCUUCAUAUCUAAGUCCUUCAUUGACUCUUGCUGAAGAGGCUGCGGAGGGUGAUUGGAAUCUCAUGGUUGAGUGGCCUGGUUAG